AAAUAUAUUAGAUCAUUCAAUCUAAUCAAACUCGAAAAGCGCUUAGAUGCUGUUGUGCACUUGUGUAUUCGGAGUAUAGAGCGAAUAUUAAGAAUGCUGAAAACCAUCCCUAAAAUUAGCAUUAAAUCAUCAGCAUAUUGUCAAAACUAAGUCAUAAUUUCAAAUGCUCAAUAAAACAGAAUCACCAAAAAAAUUAAUAAUAAAAAAUAAAUAAAUCUGAAAGUCAAGUUUGGUGUUUGACUUAGUGGUGACCAUUGAAGCGUGCUCUGCUGACGAUAUCUUGUUCAGGAAGAUGUGUAAAGUGCAUUAUACAUGUACUGCUUGAACACUUGCCAGUUUGUUUAUUCUGAAUUUAUUUUCAAUGCUAACAUCUGUAAACAAUUUUAUCUAUAUGAUGAUAAAUUGUUUUAUAAACUAGGUGUUGGACUUGUUUCAUUAAGUUCACCACAAUCCUCUCAACGUCAAGGUUUUGUGAAAAUGAUUUUUCAACAUUUAUUACUGUUAUUGAGUUUUAUUUUUGACCCUAAAACAUAUACUGAAUUAUAGAUUUUCAGAUGUUAAUGUUUUUUUGAGUGUAUGUGGGUUUUUUUUGUUGUUGAUCUAUUUAGCAUAUGGCAGGCGAUAGCAUACAUGUAAACACAGCAUAAGUCUGACAUGCUGCAAAGGAGUAUUAAAUGAAAUUUUAGAAUAAAGACUGUAAAAACAGCAACAAGAUUGUAGCAACAAGACUGUAAACACAGCAACGAGACUGUAGCAACAAGAAUGUAAACACAGCAACGAGACUGUAGCAAAAAGAUUGUAAAUAUAACAACAUAGCAAUAAGUUUGUAAAUAUACAUGUAGCAACAAGACUGUAAAAAUAGCAACAAGUCUGUAAAUAUAGCAACAAGGUUUUGUGAAUAUAGCAACACGACUGUAAAUACAGCAACAAAACUGUGAAUAUAGCAAUAGGUUUGUAAACAUAGAAACAAGUUUGUUAAUAUAACAAGAACCAAAUGGUUGCGGAUAUAUUAGUAUUGGGAUCUGUGUUUGUUUUGGUAAGCCGAAAUCAUGGAAAUUAACCACCCGAGAUUUCGUCAUUAUGUAAUUUUCUUGCAUUUCUCUGUUAAAGAUUUGGCUUACUGUAAAUCAUUUAAAAUCAAUUUCUUUUAAAAUUCUGUUUGAAUCCUGAAUAGCUCUCGCUAAAUAUAUAUACAUUGUAUAUGCACAUGUAUGUCCAUUCUUAUAGAAAAAUCGCUAAAUUUGUGGCUCGCUAAAAAUUCCACUUAUAUAGUACAUGUAUUUAGAAAACUCCGAAAUUGACAGUCAUCUAGAGUCACUGUAAGCAUACGUCAUCGAUCAGGGCUAUCUUGACCUUCACCUCUGACAUAGUGCAUCCGAUCUACGGUAUCUUUAUUUCUGCAUACAUUUACCUUGUUACUAACAUGACAUCUACAGCCUGAACACAAGGUCAUCAUCUCGUUGUGACCUUGUCAAUGACUUCAGAAUCUUUAAUCUUAUCCUGACUGUUGUUCACGAAAUCACUGAAUACAAAACCUGUAGAUUGAAAUCUACAGGAGAUACCGCGUCACAAAAAACGUCACGAAUAGAAACGAACAAAGAACAGACAUAGUGACAAACAGACAGACAUGGUGACAAACAGAUAGGCAGCGAAAAUCAGACGGACAGAGUCAAACAGAGACGGACCAGUCGUGGUAGCUUAGUUGUAGAGCAUUCUCUUCGUAACCGGCAGAUCGUGAGUUCGAGCCCCGCUCGUGCCAUGGCCGCGUCAAAUCUAAGGCGUUAAAAUAAGUAGGGAUUGCACCUUUACCAACACUCAGCAUUUAAAAUUGAGAAUCACGGGUCUUUCGGAUAUGACCUGAAAAACGUAGGUCCCGUGCCGCAGCAGGCGUUGGCAUGAUAAAGAACCAUUACUGCUACGGCUCUGAGCGCUAAGCAUAGGUCUAAAUUUGUGGUACUUCACGUUCAGCUGGUGACGUCUCAAUAUAAGUGAAAAAUUAUCGACGGGACGUAAAACAAUCAAUCAAUCAAUCACACAGAGACGGACAGACAAACAAACUGACGGACACAAUGGCAAACGGACAGACACAGGAACAGACAAACAAAUUGACGGAAACAAUGGCAAACGGACAGACACCGGGACAGAGAGAGUAACAAUAAGACGGGCACAUUGACUGUACAAUAGGGAAAAGACUUUUGAAUGUUCAAUUCAGAUAUAAAUAAUUUUACUGACUAUUUAGAAAUUGACACUUUAUAGUUAAUUGGUAUAUACAUGUAUUUAGAAAUUGACUUUAUAGGUAUUUGGUAUAUAUUCAAAUGGCAAAACGUUUGUUUAAUACUCUUCGAGUGAAAACGUUAUAAAUUAUCCCCGAGUAUUCGUCCAAAGUUCUUCAUGACAUGCGUUACAGUGCGAACAAUCCACAGUUGUCUGUGUGAUAAGCCUAAUUAUAUCUGAACGCACCACCGGCAAAUCUGUUCACCUGAAUUGAGGCGAGCCAGCUUUGAAUUUUUGUAUUGCCGCAGUCUGCAUCUUGUAAAUAGCUCUUAAUGUACGCAAAUAAAAUGUAAAUAAACUAUUCAUUUCCGAUUUGAUUCUUUAUCUAUGAUUUCCAAAUGACGAUAUAAUUAUAUAACAUAGAAAACACAUUUACACUUCGUUUACCUGUAGAAAAAAAACAACCAGUCGAUCAAUUUUCAUGAAUGAGUGGGAAUACACUAAUCGGUGGGCGUUUUACGUAGGGACUAGCAGAUAAAGUUUGCAUAUUUCAUUUAAAUCUCCAUUGAAUAAUUUUAAUAGCUAUCUAAGGUCUGUUUCACUCUUACAUAAUUUCCUGGUGUUUAAUGAAUUUACUUAAUUAAUCUGACAAAUUAUCAUGGAUUUUUGGUUCCUCUUCCUUGUGGUUCAAGAAAAUAGUAUUGUUUUCAAUUGUUGCGAAAUUUAAAACAAUUCCGUUAUUGAUUCCAUUCCUUGUAAGUUAUAUUAGUCAUUCAGUUAAAAGAUAAUUUAAGUUCUUAAAACGUGUGCACUCUCCCAACUUACCAUUCUCACUGUUUUAUUUCAUUAUAAAAUUAAUAUCCGGAAAAUUUUUAACGGGGAGUAGCAACCCAAGUUUGUGCCUUUUCUGCUCCUCAAGAUGACACAAAAUAACCAUUUCAGUCAUUUUCAACCAAAAUGGGGUUGCGACCCCCGUAACCCUCUCUAGAUCCAACUCUGAGUUAUACUGUGUCUUUUGUGCUGUGGGAAUAAGGGUGUGAAUUGAUGAAGUAUUUUUUCAUGUAUUAUAAUAUUUCAUAGUACUUAUAUACAGCCUGGAGGUGAUAUUUCAGAAUGUUUUUAAGAAAAAACUCUUAAGAUCAUACAUCAUACCAACUAAAACUCCAAUAGUAAAAUAAUAUAUUCACUAAUGAAGAAUUCUCUUCAAUUCUCAAUUUGAUUUCUACUUAUAACGAAACUAUCUGGCACUAUUUACGAAGUGCACAAUGACACUCGCAGAAAAAUGAUAUUUUUUAACCGAAGGAAAAUAAAAUUUUUAGUUAUCUGCAUUAGAAAGAGAAAUAACAUUGCUUUGUCUAAUUUCCUUAGUUACUAUAUUGUGUUGAAAUCCACACGACUUGGGGUGAAAUGUUUUGUAUUUGUUUUAAUAAAUUUCAAUUAUAUUCCCCCCACAACCCUGAAAAAUUCAACUGAACGCUUUUGCUAAUACAUGUAUUGAUGGAAAUUGUUAGUUUUACAGCUAUCAAGGUUAAUUAAUAUAUUUAUUUAUUACCUGUAAUACAUUUAUAUUCAUCAAUUUACAUAACAUUCAUUAUUCCUUUUGCCAAGGUCACUUUUAUUGCAAUGUUAUUGUCCAAUGAAAAAAAUUGUUACAAAAGCUUUCGUUAAAGUUAACCUCCGUAAGGUCGACAAUUAAUUAUAUGCAUUUUAAGACACACUUUCCCCCCGAUAUAUCAUUGAAUUAAAUGAAAAUCAGGGAAAGUACCUUUUAAGUGUUGACUACAUUGUGUUGUUUUGCCGAUGGAGUUCAAACGUUAUAAUAAAGUAGUAAAAUGUUUUACAUGUACAAUAGAAAUUAAAAGUGAACAUUUCAAGGCUAUGAUUAUGCCCUAUACUCCUUGAUAUUCUAAACUAAGUGAGCACAAACACUUCUCCAAAGUGAGAUAAUUGAAUGCAUGUAAAAAUCGUAAAUAAUAUAUCUUCCCUUGAAAUCAGAAUUGUGAUCAGAUAGGAAGUUUCUUUUGAAUGACUUACCAUAUUUUAAGUGCUACUUGGCAAGAUAGGGGUCGGAUAGUUAAACAAUGUCAUUAUAGAAAAAAUUAGAACUGUGUGUAAGUUUUAAAAUGUUAUGCUAAUUCAACCCUCCUAUAUCUUAAUCGAAUGCAUUUAAAGCCCUAACAUUGUGCAUUGCGGCUAAAUAGAACCGUUUAUCAAUCUUGACAUCUAAUUUUCCUCCGGGAUCCUUGCCCUCCGAAUAUUUUAUACUCUACACGAAUAAUUAAAUCUUUCAAAAGUUGUAAAAGGUUUUUUAUUAUUAUUUUUUUUAUAUAUAUCUAAAGAAUUGGACAUACCUUGAAUUUUUUUCUCUUUAUCGCGACGUAAAUAUCAAAUUGCCUUAAAUUGUCUACGAGUGAAUAGCAGAAUCCGAGUUUGAUUUAAUAUCUGAAGUAUAAAUUCAUAAAGACCCUGAAUGAACAGUCCUUAUGAAUAGGAUUUUACUUUCAGUAUCUUUUUAUUAUCAAUAUAUUGAUUACCGCUUUCAUUCGAUGACGCAGUAUGUAUAUCAACCCUCAUAUUGAUUUUUCUUCUCUUACGCAGUUAAGGGGGUACUUUUAAUUCAUGUAUACACGAAUGUUUAGCCCAGUUUGAUGAUCAAAUGCGUUAUAUACUAAAAAAAAAAUUAUCUGCCAUUCCCAGUCGAGCAGUGACCAUGGCUAAUUUCCUGUGUAACAGUAUGCCUGUGUAGAUUUUCAAAAAAAUAAAUAUACUUGUAUGCAUGUCUCUUUCAUAUUGCUGGUGGCAAUUUGAACAUAAAAUAUAAUAGAUAUUCCCCAUGCAUAGUUAAAGCUUAUCAGUGAACAUUCUUGCUUCUUUACAAUAGAGUGCAAUUUUGUCCUGCUUCUAGACGGAAAUAAAUGCACCUCAAAUCUGGAUUGUGUUUUCUUAUAAACAAAACAUCUGCAGAUCAUAAGAAUGGAUAAGAAAAAAUAUACAGAAAACACAUUUCGAUAGCAAACCCGAAGCAUUCCAAGACUUAAGGAAAUUUGUGUGUGAAAACGGAUGUCCCAACAAGCGUAAAAGUAGUACUUCAUUUGGUAGAACACCCUCCCGUGCCUAUUUAAAUCAUUCAAUUAGAGCGAUGACUCCGCCAAUUGUCCCAAACUGCAGUGAUAUUAUCUGGAAAUAUAAUGCCACAACUGUCGAAUCAUUUUCGGUCAUUUUGCUAUUAAUGUAAUGAGCUACAUCCUAUCCCAGUCGGGAAUUGUUUGAGAGCUUUCAUAUAUGUUCUGUUGCUUUAUUCACGGAACAUAAUAUUUAGCAUUGAGAAUGUUUUUGUUGAUAACUAGAAACGUUAUAAAGUGUUUAUGGUUUUAUUUAACGCACAAGUAGCAUCAUGGUGAUGUAAAUUCACUGACCCACAUUCAAAGCAAUGGUGUGAUAACGUAUGCACAAUCGACCCUCGUAUUUACCACAAUCUAGCCAUAUAUGGUGCAUUUAUGUCACGAAAGGGAAAAAAUCAAUUCUGAAAUACAGAAAAGCGUCCAUUUCUAAAAUUAUCUUAAAUCUAUUAUUAGUUUCCUAUUCCCAGAUUCAAUGUCGUGUUUGCACUAACCAGCGUAAUGCAAGUUCAUUGAUUUUUCUGCCCUUGUAGAAACCCCCAACAUGGUCAGAUCGAGGUUUUGUCGAAGUUUUAUAUAUGUUUUGAUCUAUUUUUACUCUGAUUUGAGAAUAUCUGCGUCAGCCGCAAUAUUGACGUUUAGAUUUAGUAGUGCAGCCUAGAUUGACGACACGACCAUGAAAUCAGCCAUGCGGGUUUCACUUAAUCCGCCAAUCAGAAAGUCUGUUACAGAUAGAACAAUUACUAGGAAUGUACAUUCAAAUUGGGUGACGUAAGCGGUGAUGCUGUGUGACGUCACACGUAUUCUCAUAGACAUAUUACGAUGAUGGUGAAAUAUAUACACGUGAUGGCAGACUAUUACUCGAUGUUGAAGUCUAGUCGAGAUGGUGUAACAUGCAUGGAAUAUAGCAGCCAAAAUAUACUCGGGCUUGGAUAUUUUAAUGCAAUCUGGCGUUUAAUUUUGAAUUUCAUGAUUCUACAAAACAAACAUCUUUGCAGCAUCAGGAUUUGGAAUUAAACAUUUUAGAAGCUAAUAUUCCGUCGACCUCUGUUGAUCUCAGUCUCUCGUCGCAGAAACCUGAAGGUCAAAAUACAUCCCCAAUGCUGCUUUUGCAAUCACAGUCCUCGUAUAACGCCGGGACGGGAUUCCAAACUGACCCUUGCAGUAUAUACCCUUCCUGCGGAACUCAGGUACCGGGCAUGUUUCAAUCCCCUAAUGUCGGAAACAACCACAUCCCGGAGUUUGUAGAUAACUUUUUCCAAAACGACGAUGUCACUCCUAUCACGAUGUCGAGUCAAUUCAGCAGUGGUUCAUGUGAAUUCCAACAAAGUUCGCACGGUAUGUUUGAUGCUCCAUUUCCUUAUGAGAGCUCUCUGAUGGAUAAACAGCCGAUGAAACCCUCCGUCUCGUUUGGGGAUAAUACAAGAUGUAGCAAUGUUGCACAUCAAAAAGUGGAAGAACCGGUGUUUGCCUAUGAAGGCACUUUCCAGAGUUUCCCGGCGAUGGAUACUCAUUAUCAGCAACAAUUAUUAAAUCAAAAUACAAAGCCAUUUGUUCGCUCUGGUUUGUUUCCACCACACCAGAAUGUAUUUUCUGAGAGUCAUACGGAUUAUACAAACUUAGACAAAAAAGUGGCCGCCUAUUCCUCAAUACAGGCCUACAGUGGCAAUCCAAAUAUAUGUUCCCGGGGAGAAAGCACAUUCCAUAAUUACGACAGCCCCUUCCCAGGGAAUCCAUUACCUCAAUCAGAAGUGUGUUACCCCUGCCGCGACGUUCCCUUCCGUAACUCAUACGGAAUUGAUCACAGUUCUCUUCAAAUCCAAAGACAAAUGUCUCACCAUGGGCAACUAAAUCUCACACUUCCACCACCCAGAUCAAAUGAUGGACUGAAAUAUCACAUGGGAUCACCCACUACAUCCCCCACUUCUGUCUCAUCAAGAUCUUCUCCCAUCAGUGGCCACGAAGCACCACAACGGGAAGGCAUGUUGUGUGCCGUGUGUGGUGAUAAUGCUGCUUGCCAACACUAUGGAGUCAGAACCUGUGAGGGCUGUAAAGGCUUUUUCAAGAGAACUGUUCAGAAAAACGCAAAAUACGUCUGUUUGGCCGACAAAAACUGUCCAGUUGACAAACGAAGACGAAACCGGUGUCAAUUCUGUCGAUUUCAGAAAUGUUUAUCUGUAGGAAUGGUAAAAGAGGUUGUUCGAACUGACAGUCUUAAAGGACGUCGGGGCAGACUUCCAUCGAAGCCGAAGAGCCCGCAGGAAUCGUCCCCAUCCCCGCCAGUCAGUCUCAUUACACUUUUAGUGCGAGCACAUUUAGAUUCCAGUCCUGAUAAAUCAAGCCAUUGUUACUCAAAGUAUGAAGUGCCUUGCACCAAAACGGAGGGGUGUAAUGAAAAGACAACAAACAUGUUCUAUGACCUGAUCACAUCAUCUGUUAACAUCGUCAAGGCUUGGUCGUCCAAAAUUCCCGGUUUUUCUGAUAUAUGCCAAGAGGACCAGAAUCUGCUAUUUAAAUCUGCGUCGCUCGAGCUCUUUGUUUUACGACUUUCCUACAGGAUGCAAGGAAAUACGGAUAAUGUUAUCUUUGAAAAUGGUACAGUUCUUCAUCGAAAACAGUGCGAAGAAAUUUUUGGAGAGUGGAUCAACUCCAUUGCUGACUUCAGCACGUCCUUAUACAGAAUGUCUUUGGAUAUAUCAGCGCUAGCCUGCAUGGAAGCCUUGACUCUCAUUACUUUGAGACAUGGGCUAAAAAACCAAGCUAAAAUGGAAGAGAUCCAAAUGAAAAUCAUCGACAGCCUGCGCGAUCACUGUGUGUACAACAGCGACGCUCAGAAAAAGCCCAAUUACUUCUCCUCCAUUCUUGGGAAAGUAGCCGAAUUGAGGACCUUAAGUCGUCAGGGUAUUCAACGAAUGGAAUUAUUGAAAAUGGACACAAGUGAAGUCUCUCCGGCUCCUCACAUGAUAGAAGACAUUUUCUUGUCCAGUGAAUUGCCGUUCUAACGAUGGACCUGCUUAUCAGUUCUUCAUUUACAUGUAAUGUCACAGUGUUUUCGAUAUUUUUUGUGUCAGUGGUACAUUUUGUGAUUUAUUAUUUCACCUGAAAUCGUUUAUACAUGUAUUUGAUCUUUGAAUGAAAAGCUUUAUCACGUGGCAUGACACCCUUUUAUAGCAAACUUAUGUCGCAUGUCAUUAAAGAUAUCGAAUUUCUUGAUGUUCAUCAGAUACACACAGGUAUUCCUUUGUCCUUGUACGAUUUUUCUCUCUUCCGUUGACCCUUUUAAAUUAAAAAUGUUGUAUAUUUUGUCGUUUUUACGGUUGUUUUUUUUUAUCGUACCGUAUUAUCAAGCCUUUUAAGGAACAUUUUUAGAAGUGUAAAUACGUCAUCGAUGCUUUAAUAAUUUUCUAAAUCAGGCACGUAGAAACGGGGGAGAGUGGGGGAUGAGAAUGAAACAUUGAAGUAAUCGAUUGACACCCCACCCCACCCCCGGUGUGGGAUUUUGAAGUUUGGGUAAUAUAACAUCUAUUAGGAUUUUUUAUUCUCUUGCUAUGAAUUUUUGACAAAUUGUUAAGUCAACUCCUCCAACACACUUUGAAGAACGGUGCUACGUGCCUGCUAAUAUGUUUACGAGACAUGAAUCAUCAAAUCGUGCGUAGUAAUUUAUCUCGUAUUUAGGUGUUUAAUGUUUGUGAAUGUUGUUAAUUGUCUGAUUUUAAGUUUGUGAUAAAAGUCACGCUAAAUUAAAAUCAUAUUUUGAUUUUAUAUUUAUUUGAUAUCUGUUAUAUUUAUUUUUGAUAAUACCCAUGGCACUGAGAAUAGCGACCACAAUGUACAAUUUCAUUUCAUUUCUGGACAGAAUAUAAUAUUGCUCUUUCUGCAUGAUAUGACAUAUCUGCUAGAUCACAUUGCAGGCCAGUAGACUUGAUCUGAUAGAGAUGCCUACCAAUGUUUCAAGUUCAGCUCAAGUUAACUUGCUUUAAAGUUAUACCAACCAUCUUUUCUGUCGAUCCUUCUCAGAAAUUGAAAUUAGAUCAGCUUAACUUGACCCUUAGUCCAAUCUUGUUCAAAUAAAGGGUUUCGUCCCCAGGGGGAUAAAUCUAGAGAUUAAAAAUAAUUGUUUUCUAAAACCACUAAAAAUAACAGAACUCUCGCGAUGACUUUUAUAUGAAACGAUGGGAACAAAAAUAUGAAUGAAUUUUUAGGAACAUGUGGGACAUUUUGUUAUGAUCAGGAUGGGGUCUGAAAAGCGAGAGAUGAAAAAUAUCCUUUUGAAGAGCAAAGCUAAGAAUUUUUUCAGAUAAUGGGUCGGCAGUGUGAUACCUAACAGUAGGGCCCAAAAAUUUAAAGACAUAAGUAUGAAAUGACUUAUUGGGUGAACGCAAUGACCUUUGGCCUCCUUUUGGUUAUUACUAUGGAAAAUUUUAAAAACAUUUUUCGCAUACAACUGCGCUGUACAAUUAUAAAGUGAAAUUUUGCUCAGAGAUACACAAUUCCUGUGUAGAUUACAGAGAGAAACGGCAUUUUUCAUUUUCCUAUCUUGCUUUGAAAAUGUGAAUGACUAAUGCUGAUAGUGUGGAAGACUUACAAUAUUUCGUCAUACUUUUCAAUUUUGAUAUAGUCGUGUGUGUAUUCUUGGAUUUCCAUGUUUAACUUUAAUUAAUCUAUAAGUAGUUAUGUGUGUCUUCUAAGAUUGAUAAUUAUAAAUGGAUGUCUUACUGUAAUCUUUAAGUUUGUUGCAUCUAAUUGUUUGAUGAUGAAGUGCCAUAUGUAACGCAUGCGCAGAUCGCUUAAAACAUGUUACACGAAGGUUCCCUUUCCGAAAUACAUAUUUAUAUGUUUUAAAAGUGCAGGUGUACUCAUACAUUCUAAAUAUAGUUUAUGUAUUAAGGUUCAUAUUGUUACUUUUAAUUGAAUAAAUCUAUGAAAACCGAAAAAA